AUGAUAGGGAGUGAAUGUGCUUACGCAAGGCGUGAACGUGUCUCAUAUGCAUAUAUGUAUAGGGUGAACACGGGCACAGAGAGUGAACGUAGAGAGGAAAACACAAAAAUAACAAUAAACAAUCGCUAG